AGCGACAUUUGCAAUCUGAUCAUGUGCGGCAAAAGUAUUUGUGCCCUUGUUGAUUCGGAGCAGACAUGGCUUGUGCAAUGUGAAGUCGCAAAGGUUAUUCCUUUGUUUGAAAUAGUCCAAUGGCGAAUCGGGAUCUCUUCUUACAAGGCGCUUUGUAGGUUCCUUGUAGAGGUGGUAGAGGUGGUGAAACCUCUUGUUGGGAUUUGGGUUCAAAAGAACCCUGAACAAGGGAAUGUCGUUUAUAUGAUGCCUGGUUUCUUGUCUGUUGUUGGGUGCCGGAUAAUUCCGCAAGAAGUUGGUCCUUUGUGGAUUCAAGAAGGACAACUUGUGUGGUCACCGGUGUUUGAGAUAAUCUGCCGUUUUGAUGGUUCUAGCGGUUUUUUUCUCCAUGGAAGAGACAAAGAAGGCAGUUGCUUGUACCCUGGUUUCGUUAUGGGCAUCGAGAAGAGUUGCAAUGAGCUUCUACUCGAAGUUGAGCCGAGGCGAGAGAAGAGUUCGUCUAAUGAGAUUGAGAGAGAAGACUCAAGAAAAGAGUUAUCGGGGAAAAUAAAUGAGGGAGGGGUUCCAUUUGGAAAUCUAGGCUUUAGUGAUAGAAGGAGCUUACUUGAUAUAGUGGCAAACCAUGUAAGUCUACGUGUCGGUGAACCAUUAAGAGGAAAGUUAUUUCCCACCAGGUCGAAAGAUGAUGACGAAGCGAUGAUGUUGGAACGCAGAACCAUGCUCCUUAAAAUGCUCAAAUUUGGUGGGAACUGGAAGCACAUGAAUUUGGAGGAGGAUGAUCAGCUAUAUUAUAAUCCUAUGCAGGUAGACAUAAAUGAGAUAUGGGAAAAUCUCGGUGAUAACACUGACAUCAUGGAUGAUAGAGAGUAUCAGAGAGAGGCUACACCAAGGAAGAAGAGCUUUAGCAUGUUUUUCAUAAGUGGCAUCAUGCAUAUUCUUGGGAAGUCUAGUCCUGAAGAGAACACGCCGCGGCCUUCGAGCAGUGAGAUUAGACGUUCGAAUCGCCAAACCUUUCUUAGCUCUGGUGAUACAUUCAGCCUUAGUCUCAAAGCUUCCUACACUGAGAUGUCUUCUUACCAACGGUGGCCAAUCAUGUCCCAAAACCGCUUUUCCCUUCAUAAACUACCAAUGAAGAAUCCCAUCAAUAAUCAAGAGUAUGCCGGUUUGUGGGGAGGAACGUUUGGCUGGCCACCUGGGCAAUGUCGAGAAGAUAAGUCCAGAAAGGCUCUAUUCUUACUGAUGCUCACUUAUAAAGAAUCUGAGGAGAAUAGUGAGAGAGUUCUCAUUGGGACGAAAAUACUCGAAGGGCGCCUUGUGAGGCGUCCCAAUGGAUCCGCAAUGUUUGUUGUAAAGAUUGAUAGACCUUCCCUUGAGCCCUUUCCUUUUGAUGCAGUUGGAAGGGACAUUGAGGAUUCUUACAUGGGAGACGGUAUCGCAGAUGGUUACGGAUUCCGCUAUCCGGGUUCAAAACCUGGUUCGCUUUUCGUGAUCUCUAGCGAUCUUCUUGCUUUCGUUUGGCAAGAAACCAAAAAUGUGAUUACAUUGCAAAGACUAAACCUUGCAGAGAUCUUGAAGAAGGGUUUAGGUUCUUGCGUGCCGCCUUUAUCUCCUACGAAUAAUUUUAAUUUUACUUAUAUGAAAAGGUCCUUCGGAAACGUGUUUACUGAGUCAUCGACAGAUAUCUAAUCUUUUGGAUUCUGAUAAUAUUUUGAAUGUAUUGCGACAUCAUUUACAUUUUACAUUGACAAUCACUAUGCUUGUAAUUAAUUAACGUGUGUAUAAACAAUGCAUUGCUUU